AUGCCUAGAGAAAUCAUCACUGUACAGGCUGGACAGUGCGGCAACAGCAUCGGGAGUCAGUUCUGGCCACAACUCUGCCAGGAACAUGGCAUAAGUCAGGAUGGGAAUCUGGAGGACUUUGCGACCGAGGGCGGAGACCGAAAGGAUGUUUUCUUCUAUCAAUCUGACGACACGCGAUACAUUCCCCGAGCAAUCUUGAUCGAUUUAGAACCUCGAGUCCUCAAUGGCAUCCAGACCGGUCCUUACAAAAACAUCUACAACCCUGAGAACUUCUUCGUUGGAAAGAAUGGACUAGGUGCGGCUAACAACUGGGGUGAUGGAUAUCAAACAGGAGAAUUGGUUCAUGAGGAAGUCAUGGAGAUGAUCGAUCGCGAGGCAGACGGCAGUGAUUCGCUCGAGGGCUUCAUGAUGCUUCACUCGAUCGCUGGAGGAACCGGAUCUGGUUUGGGGUCUUUUCUUUUGGAAAGACUGAAUGACCGCUUCCCAAAGAAGAUUAUCCAAACAUACUCGGUCUUUCCAGAUACCCAAAACGAUAAUGUGGUGGUACACCCAUACAACAGCUUACUCUCCAUGCGGAGGUUAACCCAAAAUGCGGAUUCGGUAGUUGUACUUGAUAAUGGCGCUUUGUCUCGUAUUGCGGCGGAUAGAUUGCAUGUCCAGGAACCCUCUUUUCAACAAACCAACCAGCUAGUAUCUACAGUCAUGUCAGCUAGCACAACACCCCUACGAUACCCAGGCUACAUGCACAACGAUCUUGUCAGCAUUGUUGCCUCACUAAUCCCUACCCCGCGAUGCCAUUUCCUCAUGACCUCGUACACACCAUUUACAGGUGCUAACGUCGAGCAAGCUAAGACUGUUCGAAAGACUACCGUCUUGGAUGUGAUGCGUCGCCUACUUCAACCCAAAAACAGAAUGGUAUCGACGAUUCCUGGGAAGAAAAGCUGCUAUAUCUCUAUUUUGAACGUGAUUCAAGGAGAUGUAGAUCCCACCGACGUUCAUAAGAGUCUUCUUCGUAUUCGAGAACGGAAACUUGCAACCUUCAUCCCAUGGGGCCCAGCAAGUAUUCAAGUUGCACUAACCAAGAAGAGCCCAUACAUCCCAAUGAAUCAUAGAGUCAGUGGACUCAUGUUGGCGAAUCAUACUAGCAUCGCUACCUUGUUCAAACGAAUUGUUCGCCACUAUGAUACCAUGCGCAAACGAAAUGCCUUCAUGGAGGGUUAUAAGAAGACCGCUCCGUUCGCGGAUAACUUGAACGAGUUCGAUGAAGCAAAGGAGGUUGUGACGGAUCUUAUUGCAGAAUACGAAGCCGCAGAAAAUGCAGAUUAUCUGAAUCCUGAGGGCGACAAGGCGGCGGGAGAGGCAGGAGACAAGCGGGUGUCAACAAUCCUCGAAAUGUCGAACCAACAACAAAGCAAAGCCGACCUCAUCGCUGAGCGUCAAAGCAACCUGCCCCUUCCCGAAGAACCUCCCGUUGCGUCUGACUGGAACUCCGCCGACGCCCGCACAGUCAAUGUCUCUGCCAGCGAGCGUCAAUCCGAGAUCUCCACCGGCGAUGCGUCGUCGGCCGGUUUGAGGGAGCCUGCCACCAAGGGCAGUGGCGUGAGACAAGAGGGGGGUGCGGAUUUGAGUGGUGUCGGAAGACAGGGGAAGGAUGGUCUAGAUGGAUUGCCAAAGGAUGCGAAGUCUACGUAG